UGAUAGUCUAGGAGGGCUCGGUUUGUUGACAGGAACUGUGACUGUGCGUUUGAAAAGCUCAAAGGAAAAAGUAAAAGCAGGUUACUGUGUCCAGUUUGCGCUUCGGAUCGUCGGUCAAAUAAACACCGUCGACGUGAAUUAUGACGUUGACAGCCGCCGUUAAGCAAAGAUGCAAUGGAGGUCAAUAGUAGUGGGUCUUCUUGUGCUACGGGUGGCCCUGAACUGCAUCCUGUGGCUCGCUUUUGGACUCGGACCCAGCUGGGGCUUUCACUUCCCGCUCCAGUUCAGUUUCAACCUGCACAAACACAUCGAGCCUCCGACAGAUGGAGAACAGAGGACCAACAGCUGGUCGCAGCGUGUGUACGAAAACAGGGACCAUCCAGUAGGAACCUGCUCAAAGAUCAGCGAGAACACGCCAAAGAAGUCUUACCUCAGUAUCUUCAAGGCCAGCAGAGACGAGUACGAUAAGAAGUAUGGCUCUUUUCCUGACGCCCUCAAGACUAAAAUGAAGGGAAUGGCCAGGGACAUGUUCUACUUCGGCUAUGACAACUACAUGAAAUAUGCCUUUCCUGAAGACGAGCUUAACCCCAUCGACUGUGAGGGCAGAGGACCAGACGUACUAAACCCGUCAAACAUCAACAUCAAUGACGUGCUUGGCAACUACUCCCUGACACUAAUUGACACUCUUGAUACUUUGUUGGUGCUGGGGAAUGUGUCCGAGUUUCAUCGUGCUGUCAAGCUGGUUAUAGACACUGUCAGUUUUGACAAGGAUUCCACAGUGCAAGUGUUUGAGGCCAACAUCAGAAUCCUGGGCAGUCUAAUCUCGGCUCACAUUCUCCUGACUGAUUCCCGGCACCCGUUCGGAGACGUGGGGCUAGAAGAUUACGAUAAUGAGCUGCUGCAUCUGGCCCAUGACCUGGCUGUACGGCUGCUACCUGCCUUCGAAAACACCAGCACUGGCAUCCCCUACCCCAGGGUGAAUCUGAAAAGCGGCGUGCCUCCUGACAGCAUAAAUGAGACGUGCACAGCAGGUGCAGGCUCUCUUCUGGUCGAGUUUGGCAUCCUAAGCCGACUGCUUGGUGACUCCACGUUUGAGUGGGUGGCAAGGAGGGCUGUCCGAGCUCUCUGGAACCUGAGAAGCAACCAGACAGGGCUGCUGGGGAAUGUGGUGAACAUCCAGACGGGUCAGUGGGUUGGGAAACAAAGUGGCCUGGGUGCAGGCAUGGACUCUUUCUAUGAAUACCUGCUGAAGUCUUACAUCCUCUUUGGAGAAAAAGAAGACUACAAGAUGUUCAUGGCUGCUUAUGACAGCAUUCAGAGCCAUCUGAGGAGAGGGAGAGAGGCUUGUAAUGAAGGAGAAGGUGACCCUCCCCUUUAUGUAAAUGUGAACAUGUUUAACGGACAGAUCAUGAACACCUGGAUCGACUCUCUUCAGGCAUUUUUUCCAGGCCUGCAGGUUUUAAAUGGAGAUGUGGAAAACGCCAUUUGUCUUCAUGCCUUCUACUAUGCAAUCUGGAGGCGUUUCGGGGCACUGCCGGAAAGAUACAACUGGCAGCUGCAGGCUCCAGAUGUGCUCUUUUACCCUUUAAGACCUGAGCUAGUUGAAUCUACAUACCUGUUAUAUCAGGCCACCAAGAAUCCUUUCUAUUUACAUGUCGGCAUGGACAUACUCCAGAGCCUUGAAAAGAAUACCAAAGUCAAAUGUGGCUAUGCCACGCUCCAUCAUGUUGUAGACAAGUCCAAGGAGGAUCGCAUGGAGAGUUUCUUUCUCAGUGAGACCUGCAAAUACCUGUACCUGCUCUUUGAUGAAGACAACCCUCUGCACAAGUCUGGGAGCAAAUACAUUUUCACAACAGAAGGUCACGUAGUGCCCAUAGACCCACGCUUUAGACAGAAAAAGUGGGAGGAACAGGUCCCCAAGUUCACCAAGGAUCCUCCAGCCAACAUCAGCAAUUGCGAGCGGAUCCCCGAGGAGCGCCGCUUCGGUCUUCCCCUGAAGAGUGUGUACAUGAGGCAGAUUGACCACAUGGUUGGACUUUCGUGACGUCAUCAGCUGGAGUUUAGUACAAAAUCUCAACCCUCCGGAGAGGUUUAGUAGUGUGGCUAUCCAAACUGCGAACUUUUUAUUAUUGUUAUUAUUAUUUUGUAUUAUUGUUUGUUUGCACAAGAACCUCAUAGGAUGCAUUUAACAGGUCAGUGAUCCAGCACCUUUUCCUUGUGCUGAUUGGUUAGUCUGGAUCAACAUUGAUGAUGCUGCAUUCAGUGCAAGAAUCUUUUACAAGGAGUCAUUUCAGGGGACGUGACACAAAUCAGUACAGUUCCUCAAUCAUUUUAACACUGUUAAUAGUGAAUUGGGGUAAAGCUUGACCACAAAUUUGGGCUGCAUUCCACUCUUCAAUACACUUUUGUCCACUUACCAGUUCCCAUUCUGUCACCUUUUUUAAGGGUCAUUCCAGUAGUUUAUCUCAAGUGAAGUUUGAUAAUGAAUGCCCUGGGAGUCUGAGGGAUCAUCACUCAACAUCAGAGUAGACUUCAUCUCAUCCGUAGUUCUUUUCAAACAUACAAAAACUGCUCAUCAUACUAGUUACAAAUAUAUUCAAAUUUUUACAUAGAUCUGUAAGAAGCUCAUCAUGUGAUGCAGGUUACGCACAUCUGACUCAUGAGAGGAAGUCUCUGAGAGCGUGAUUAAGAACGUUAUUCGUAGCACUGUAGCUCUGUAAGAUUGUUUCCAACAUUUGAUUCUGUGUCUUUAUUCAGGGUCUGACUGGUGCUCUGAGAGUAGCAGUGUUCUUAUUCCAUGAUUUAUAACCAGUAUUUCAGUGCCAAAUGUUAUCGUAUGCGACGGACCCUGGACGGUUUUGUGAUAUUUUGUUGAGCUUCCUCGUGAGUAACCGGUCUUAGCUCGAGCUUCCUGUUCAGAAGUGCUGACAAGCUUGCACCGUGUGCCUUCCAGAAACAUGCAAUGAAUGAAACUGUUUACAGGAUCUUCAUUCACUCAGCAAUACCUUGUUGUUCUGGGCUUUUGCUGAUGAAUUUUAGCUUGUGUUGUGUUGCAGUGCCACAGCACAGACAAGGUGAACCUUUUUUUUUUUUUCUUCUUCUUUUUUCCUCCUCACUGCAGCCAAUUGAGUAUCUUUUAACUCUACCCCCAUAUUAUAUUUCUUUUGCACUGCUGCUGGUAAUCCAGUGACAUUAUUUUGUUGUAUUAUUCUUUUCAUUUCUUUUUUUUCUUUUUUCUUUUCAGCAAUCCCAUUUUUUUAAUUCUCACUUCUAUUCAUGAUGAUGGAAUAGCCACGUCAUGGCGCGAGUGUGUGCCUUAUACAGCUCUGAAUCUCUGCAUAGUCCUCAGGAUCAACUGUUUUUUUGGGGGGUUUUUUUUCUUUCAUGAUGUAUUCAUACAAUAAUAUUUGGUAUCAAAGACUGACGUGAAUGUUGUGUUAAAGACAACUAACGUAGAAAACACGCGGUAACUGGCAAGGUAUUUGUAAAGAUGUCAUGGUUUGUACUGAUGUGUGAUUUCAGAACAAAAGCCAUAAAACAGGAUUUUGGGGUUUCUUUAGGGGCUAACCGAUCAAAACUUGCUCAGAGAACAACUUUUCUAUUGUAGUUCUCUACUGUAGGUGGACUUUUAUCUUGAUUGAUUUUACUUAAUGGAUUAUUUCAUUGUCAUGAUUCCAAGACCAUCACCAAAUGGUGUGAUGGAUUACAUAUGUGAAAAUCAGUGUGUGAUGUUUCAAAUGGAGUUGAUUAAAUGUGCAAUGAGAAGUUUUAAGGACUGUAAGAGUUCCUGAAACUAACAUGA